GCCCACCUGGCCGCUCUCGCGGGCGCUUUGCAACGCACACGGUGUGCGGAAACCCGGGCGCACAUCUUGAAUGGCUGCGUUGCAAGUAUUUUGGCACCCGCAGAGGAGCUCUUUGGCUUGUGCGCACACUGGGGCUCGGAGCACCUGAUCUGCCUGGCCAUCAUCAUCCAUUGCCUCCACAGCCUCCGUGCUGCGUCUCCGGACUUCCACAAUGUGUUGCUGCAGGAGGCCCCAUUGCCACCACUUCCCCCAGCAGUGCCUGUCAUGACCGUGUCCGAGAUGCUGAUCCGUGCGCACGGGCCAAACAGCGUGCGGGAAGCUCGCAGGCUGCGAGGUCACCUCGGACAGGCAUCAGAUGCUCUGCGCCACGUGUGGCUCGGCUUACUCUACGCGUAA